UGGCGGCCAAUAGGGCGCUGUGCUUUUAAGAGCCAAGGGAGGAGGCGGUGCCUUUGUUUUGAUGGACAUCUCUAGCGGCCAAUCAGCGCCUGCUUCUGCAGGGCCAGGAAGAUAAGGGAAAGGAUCGGGAGUCUGCCGGUUCGAGGCGGGCCUUCGACAAAAUGGCACCGAAGGCGUUCAAGGUCCGCGGACCCGAAGGAGGCAGAAAAUUCGGGGUGGCGGCCAAAAGCUUGAAGGAGCUGCUCGCCAAAGCCAGGGCCCUGCUCCAGCUCCCUUCCCCUGGCUCCCGGCUGUGUCUAUACGAAGACGGGACGGAAAUGACGGAGGCCUAUUUCAAGAAGGUGGAGGGUAACUCCGAGCUGAUCUUGUUGCCCCCGGGAGAGAAGUGGCAGGGCUACGUGAGCGAGAUCCAGCGCUUUCUGGACGCGUUUUCCAGCCGAACGGACGACAUUGUCCGCGCCGCUCAAGGCUUGCUCUCCGACGAACAAGCCCCCAAGAAACGGAAACUGCUGGCGGACCUGAUCCACAACCUCAGUGAAAACAUUGCUGCAGAAAGCCGAGCGGACGACGAAAAGUGGUUCCAAGGCGUUGAAUCUCGCUUUAAGACGAAGUCCAGCUACAUGCGGUACAGCUGCGAGAGCAGAAUCCGAGGUUACAUGAAAGAGGUUAGUAGUUAUGCGUCCGCCAUCCAUCCACCUCUCCGUACAAAAUUCCAACAGAUUGCAGAAGCAAUGAUGGAGAAACUGAAGUCGGAGAGGUACAACGGCUGCUACUUUGACCGGAGGGAGGAGGAGAACGUGUGUCUUUGCACGCCAGAAGGCUGGUUUUCUUGUCAAGGGCCUUUUGACACCAAGGACUGUCCUUGCAGACACUCCAUCAAUCCUUAUGGGAACAAAGAGAGUCGUAUCCUUUUCAGCACCUGGAACCUCGACCACGUAAUCGAGAAGAAACGGACGAUCCUCCCGACGCUGGCUGAAGCCAUUAAGGACCGGGACAAAAGGGAAGUGGACUGGGAAUAUUUCUACCGGCUGUUGUUCACUGUUGACAAUUUGAAACUCGUCCACAUUGCCUGCCAUAAGAAGACAAACCACAACCUUGGCUGCGAUAAAAAGAAGAUCUACCAAAAAACGAAACAUGCCCGAAGGAUCCGGAAAUAACCCUCACUGGGCGUUUGCUGGGAGUCUGGUUUCUCAGGACAAGAGGAGACAUUUCUGAGCAGUGGGAUAGGUGACCCCAUAGUCUGCAUCAGUGGUCAUGUCUGUCCAUGAUCAUAUAGCAGGCUCUCAUCUUACUCACUGCCUCUACCUUUUCCUCCAGCACCACUUGCCUACUCCUAUCUGUGGGGUAGGCAGUACUUUUUAGAAACCCCAAGCUGAAGGCUUUCUCCAGCAUAGGCGCUCUUUUGGAAGACCCAUCCAGAGAAAGAGGUCCAGCCAUGUCUUUGGGCCAUUGGUUUCAUUGCUCUUGCAGUCAAGAAGUUUCUUCUUAUAUCCAAAUCUAUCCUCCUGUAACUUGAAACCAUUAGAUGUGGCCUUGCUCUCUAGGGCAGCAAAGAACAGGCUUAAACCCUCCUCUCUAGCAUAGCCCUUGCAAUAUUUGAAGAUCGCAAUCCAGUCGCCUCUCCAUCUUCUCUAGCUUGAAUGUGCCUAACUACCCCAACCUUUCCUCUUACAUUUUGUUCUCCAUAGCUCUUAGCACACUGCAACCUGCUUCUUGAAUACAUUUCCUUAGGAGGACUUCCUCCCAUGGAAGCAAGUACUGAUUCUGUGCCUUCUUCUAUUAUUUUGCCUAAUAGACAGAAUUUUUAAAGAAUAAAUUAUUACUGAAGCCGUAAGAUGCAACAGUGUAAUGCCCAAUUGUGUAAUAAUUGUAGAAAUGAAACCAGAGUUGUGAUAAGAGCUCAGUUCUCAGGGAUCCAAGUAACUUUGUAUUAAUGUUUUUAAAUAUAAACAUUUCUGAUUCUCCGGAGGCAGAUG